UCAAGUAUUAGAAGAACAUCAGUAUAUCUCUCUUUUAAACUUUUUUCUUAUUGAUUUUUUUUUUUGGAUAGAUGGAGAGAUUUGAUCCAGUUUCAUGUUUAUAUUUGUGCUGAGGGGGGAUGAGCCUACAAUGUUUUUACCCUUUAGAGGUCUGAUCUUUGCUCUUUAAAAGACAGGGAUUACAAGGCGUGGAGCCGAACUUUCACCAACUUGACAUGAAAGAAGUUAGUUUUUGUUUAAUUAGGUACUCUGUUAAUCGAAAAAACUAAAUGUGCUAUGCCGCCUCGUGUUGACAAGAAAAAAAAAUGGAGAAGAGCUUUGCUGUGAGCCUUUAAUUCAUAGAUAGAAUUAAUACAAGCAAAUCUGAAGAAAUUAUUAGCUAAUAACUGCUAAAGAAAUAAGCAGAUAUUAUGCAAUCAAAGUUUCAAAAAUGGGAAAUUUUUUAUCAUUCUUCUUAUAAUGUUCCUCUUUACCAUAGGAUAUAUUUGACAAAUCCAAAUUUGAGGACUAUGACUCGUUACUCAUUGCUCAUCUUGCUUCACUAUUGUUGGAGUAUUUAAAAGCUUGAAAACUCUCAAAUUGGUUUUGAAUUUUUUCAUUUUUUUAAUUGUGGUUUAUUGGAGUGUGAUUUCAAUUUUCAAAGUUGUAGUUCAAAAUUUAAAGUUAUUUAAGAAGAAAUAGACCCAUUUCAAAUGGAGUUCCAUAGUUGAAGUUCAUAAGAGACCAAGCACAAGUUUUGUAUAAAUUAACAUUUCAAAAGUGUGUAUAAGCACCUCUUAUACACUUAUAUACAAAUUUAUGUACUGCAAUUGUAUAAUGUUGUAUAAGCACUAUUGCAAAAAAAAAAAAAGGAUUAGUCGUGUGUAUGGGUGAAUGCCAAAUAUAUGCUAUGAAAUGUAAUUAUUAUUUGUGCGUAUUAGAAUGUAUUGUUUUUUUGUAAGAAUCCCUAUUAUAAAUGUAUCAUUUAUAUUUUCAUUGAUUUUUUCCCUGACUUACUCCUUUCAUCAGAUUUCAAAACGAAUGAAAAAGGAUCAACUCUUAUUAGUUAACUAUUGGCAUUAUCCUCUCUAUCAAUGUUUUCCUAGUUUAGGAGAUUUAAUAGAAUUAAUACAAGCAAAUUAAAAAAAAAUACUUCUCGAUAUAACUGCUAAAAAAUUAUGCACGGAAUAUACAACAACCAAAAAAAAAAAAGUUUCAGACAUGGAAAAUUUCCUCUAUGUGACACUAUUACUUGUCAUAAUCUCAAACAUCUCAGUUUCAUCAAAUGCUAACUUUCAUCUUUCUCUCAAUUACACAUCCAUUUUGCAAGCCAGAAAAAAUUUCAUGUCUCUUGAUACCUCCAAUCUUUCUUAUGAUUCACCAUAUUCUUACAGUCUUCCCAUUUAUCAUCGCGAUGUAUUUGAAAAAUCAGACUUCAAGGAUUAUGACUCAUUACUCGAUGCUCGUCUUGCUCGAUGCAUGGAGAGAUCAGUGAAUUUAUCUUAUCAAAAUUCUAGCAGAGAUUUUGCACAAGUUUACCCUAUAAAAACAGUAGUCUAUCCUUUGCAAGGUGAAGUUGUAGUCCCCCUUUGGAUUGGAUCUAAAUUACAACGUGAACUUUUACUUGUUGACACUGGAAGUCGUCAUGUUUGGUGGCAAUGUGGUCCAUGUGAACAAAAAAAAUGUUACAAACAAAGGAGCGACGAUUUAUAUUAUUCAACUGAAUCCACUACUUACCAACAAAUUGAUUGUGUGAAAGAGAGUGCAACUUGUAUGGAGGGAAGUAGUUUAGUUCAUUGCUCUAAAGAAGAAACAAAAUGUUUUUAUGAAGUAAAAUAUGGAUAUUAUGGAAGUACAAUUACUAGUGGAUUUAUGGCUUACGAGAUCAUAACAUUUUCUAAUAUAUUAGAUUAUGCAAGAAUUAUAUUUGGUUGUGGAAAAAAUCAAUUUAAGGGGGAUACAAAAUUUCCAAAAUUAUUUAGUGGAAUUGCUGGUGUUGGUGGUGGUUUAUAUACAAAUGGAUUUGAGACAUAUUCAUUACCAUCACAAAUUGGUGCAACUGUAUUUGCUUUUUGCAUUCCUACUCCAACUUCUGGCAAGUCCUCUACACUUACCUUUCACGAAACUCCUUGGAAAACAGGUCGGUCAGUAUUUCCUUCUUUUUUUUUUUUUAACUUAACACAGAGUUUAAGAAACUAAAUAUAUAUAUGGUGUUUGUUUAUUUAUUAUUUUAACAACAGGUAUAACGGCAAGUCUGAUGAGGAACAACAAGUUUCCUUCAUUUUACUACAUAUCAAACUUGGAAAAAAUAAUGAUUAAUAAUAGGGAAGUUCCUAUUGAUCCAUCUAAUUGGGAUUUGGGGCCAGAUAAAUAUGGUGGCAUAUUUAUUGAUUCAGGAGCCUAUGUUACCUCAUUUCCUGAGGAUGUUUAUGUCAAAUUUAGGGAUAUAUUUAGGUCACAAGUUAAAAAUAUGCAAUUGGAUCCAAGUUCACCAACUUCAUUUGAUACUUGUUAUAUUAUGGGUGGUGAAUUUGUUAAUUGGGAUAAUUUUCCAGUUGUAAAAUUUUAUUUUAAAGGUAGUGGAAUACCUCUUGUAGUGAAACAACAACAAGUGAUGAUCGUAUAUAGGA